GAUACACGAGUAUUUAGACGAAAAACAGGUCUUCUAGUACAUACAAGUAUAUACAUGAACCAAAAAUAAGUAGACGGAGUUUAAGGAGACGAUUUUCAUGUAGUUAUAUUAACUAUUAAUAAUUAAAGGGUGUGUCCGCGUAGCAGUCAAAAUGGCAGUUAGUUUCUUUAACCACGGAUCUUUGAUGGUCUUUUUAGUCCUUCUAGCAAUAGCAGAUGAUGAAAAAAGCAAUAGAAAAGGUGAUGAAGACAUUAGACUUUCAAUGAUUCAACAUUUAAGUACAGGAUACAUGAAAAAUCAAGUGGUCAGUAGCAGUUCACCAUUAAUCAGUAGUACUUCUGUUACUAGUUUUAAUAUUAUGCCUACAGCUUCUAUCUCUUCAGAUCUAUACAUCUCCUCAACUCACUUUAUGUCACCCACUCCAUCAAAUAAAUCUAGUAGUAGAUCUAGUUUAUUGAUCAGUGGAACUCUCAUUAGCAACAGCAACAUCAACUUCCUUAUUCCUUCAGCUCCACUUUCUUCUCAUAUAUCAUCAGAUAUUUUAUGUUCUACAGUGAGUAAUUGCUGCAGGUUAGUAAUAAGUAUAGAUUUUGCAUAAUAAAAGCAAUCAAUACUUAAUGUUUUUAAGCCCAACAUACACUACAGGCAGCAUAUUGCCUGCCUUUGACCUUUCUUGUUGAAAGGAAUAGAAACAUUUUCUAUUCAAGACAAGAUCCUGCUUAACAUGAUUAAAAGCUGGACAAAUGCUGAAAGCAAUUUAAUGCCAUGUUUCGGUUUUUAUGUUAA